AUGGCCACUUCAGUCCUGAUUGCCCACACGGGGCAGCGGCUGCAAGUUGAUACUGCCCAGUUUACGUCGGUCGACGACCUGAAAGCCUCCUUGGCAUCCCAAAGCUCGAUACCUGCGAACUGCAUCAUUGCUCUGACGCCUCAAGGCAAGGCUUUGAAGCUCCAGUCUAUCCCGUUAGAGAAGGACAUCUAUGUCUACGAUAUCCGCUGGACACAGUCUACGACACCGGCCGGCUCUUUGCCCAGCGUAGAUAUCCCUCUGCCCCCGAAGUAUACCGUCUCCGAUCCUCCAAACGAUAUCCGCGAUCACCGCUCGCUUCAGUCAUGGCAGGAGCUGUUCAAGGUGCGCCGGGCGUGGGCGCUCAAGGCCGCCGAGGACUGCGCAAAGAUGGCGAAUGCCACGCAAGACCGGUAUAGCGAGAUGGACGUCAUGAUGCGGUGCCUCGACGCCGCCGUCGCCAACCUGGAGGCUGUUGUCAAGGGCCUGGAACCGAGAUAUACCGAGCUUAAGAAGUGGGUUGGGCCGGCGCAGACGGAAUAUAGUUCCCUCGUCACCCGAUGGGAGAGGUACAUGAGCCUGGCGCGAAGCAUACCGAUAUCCAGCGCCAUGGCUCGGUUCAUGACGGGGCUCGACACCCUCGGCUCGAGGAGUAGAGGAUCGCGCGAGGCCUCGCUGGAGGACCUGAUCGAGCUGGAGACUGCCCGGAAGGCCGGCAAGCUUGCGCCGACCGCCCUCCGCAAGUUUAACACCAAGGUCUCGGACCUGGAUCACGCGGCUACUGAGCUGUUCCAGAGUUGUGGGAGCCUGUUGACCGAAUUCGAACGCACGGUUGCCCGCUCCGCACUAUCCCACGAUGGCGAGGCGCUACAGCUGCUCCAGGAUAUCGAAGCGGUGGCCAAGAAGAUUGAUACUGAUUACUACACCACUCUGGAGUACUCGGACUCGAAUCAGAAUGUCUUGCAGGCAUCCAAAAUCGCAGCCAACCAUACUGAGCGCCUGCUCCCUACCAUGCGGACGCGCGCCUUGGAGAUGGACGAGAUGCUGCAGUAUGCAUCACGGGCGAGGAACUCCUUGGCCAACGAGUCGAUAGAUUUUAUGCGCAGCAUCGCCGAGAUCACAAGCCUGAGUACCACCGUCAAGUCGCAGAUCCUUGGCAUCAACAAUGAUGAAGAUCUCAACACGUUCGACUACUUGCGGCUGAUCCAGCAGGUCCCUUACAUGUAUGCCUCCUUUGCGGCAGAAGCGAUCAAGCGCCACGAAUGGCUCGACAAGGUCAAGUCCGACUCUUCCACCCUGGCGAAUGAGAUGGCAUUGUUCCAGGAGGAAGAGAUGAAGCGCAGGAGGAAAUGGCACAAGUCCGUGGGCGACGCCUAUGGACCGCCGAUGUCUACCUCGGAGAACCAAGUGCCGGGCCUCGAGGUGAAUCUGCUGGGCGACGAAGAGCAGUGGCCUUCUGUCACGAGACAGAACCUGGAAGAGUUCUUUGAGACCCUCCAGCGGCAGAAGGCGGACAGCGAAGUUGUCGACGACAUCAGGAAGUUGAUCGCCGAGCUGGACAGCCCCACGAAGCAGCAGUCCAAGAGGGUCAAGGCGUUCAAGAACGGCAGCGUUCACGAUGUGGCACUCGGCAGGAGCGGGCUCAUGAUUCGCGGCGACGAUGAUGUCCUCCGCAACCUGCAGGACGAGAACUCCAAGCUAGAGAACAAGCUCAAGACAGCAGAGAGUCGAGUCAGGCGCUUGGAGGAUCUGCUUCACCGCCAGAGCCAGGCGUCUCGGCCGACGCUCGGCAACCUCUUCCAGCAGCCUUCGCAGCAACUCUCUGAGCGUGUCGACUCCAGUGAAUCGAUCAGAUCGCCCCGGCUCUCAGAUGAUCGUAGGCUGUCGUCGGAUUCUGCGGAUCCUCGUCACCUGCAGCGUGUCCAGCAGCUGGAGAGCGAAUUGGCUUCUGCCAAGGAGCGGUCCAUCACGCUGGAGAAGGAUAUCGGCGUGCAUACAGACGAGAACAAGGCCCUCAAAAGCCAGAUGGAGGAGGUGACUUCGACCAAGAACGAUCUCUUGCAAAACAUGGAGGCUCUGAAACGAGAGUUUGACGAGGAGCGCAAGUCGUAUGAGGAAGAGAUCAAGCGGCUACAAGCCAAGCUUGAAGAUACCGAGGACGCGAUAGACCACUUUGGCGAAUCGAGAGAGAACGAGAAGGCACAUUACGACGAGCGAGUCAAGGUCUUGGAAGCCGAGCUCGAGGCACUGGGGAAGGAUCACAGUGAUGAUAUCCUCAAAGCGCAGGGGCAGGUCGACUUCCUGCGGAACGAGUCCAAGCUGCAGCGUGAGAGGAUCGAGGCCCUGACUAACGAGCUUCAGUCUGCGAAGGACGAGUCUAGCGGUCUGACUAAGAAGGUGCGCGAGGUCGAGGAAGCCGCACAAGGCCACAUCGAAGCUCUCAGGGACCUGCACGACCGCAUCCUUCCCGACAGCUCGACGCCGUAUGAUUUGAGCGAUAUGAUCGAGGCCAUCUCUAAUAAGGCAACGGGCCUGCUCUCCAGACUUCAGUCGUUGGAAAACGACACGGCAGUCUUGAAGUCGGACCUGGAUGCUGCCCACUCGGCAGUCAGAGACUCAAAGACUGAGGUUGCCACCUUGAAGGAGCACUUGUCUACUGAAGAGAUGAAGUCUUUGCGGUCACAAGAAACGCUCGCGUCUGAGAAGGCAAGGGCGGCGACCUUGGAAGCAGAACUCUCCGAGGAGCGGGAGCAGCUCAGCCAGCUCCGGGUCAAGAUUGCAGAUGGGGAGACCGGCUCUGAGACCCUCCGGAGCAAGCUAGAGGAGGGUGAGCGGAGGGUCAAGUCUCUGACGGAAGAGCUUGCGUCUAAGCAAUCGCGUGUUGGAAGUCUGGAGGAGGAGGUUCACCUGUACGAAGAGAGGCUGUCGGAAUCGCAGGCUAAGCUGGCUACGGUCAACGCCCUCUUCGAAUCCCGGACAGAGCAGGCUCGAGACCUGACCCAGAGGCUCUUCUCUCAGAACGACCGUCUCGUGCGGCUCUUGGAGAGGGUCGGCUUCUCUGUGACGCGAGAUGGCACUUCGAUGGUCAUCCAAAAGGUGCCCCGAGCUGAGCGCUCCACUCAAUUGUCCUCGGAUCCCAACGACCCCAGCUCGUCUUCCAUCCGACGCUCAUCCGAGGUGCUAGACAACCGCAACCUGGCUGACAGCGCCGACCUCGAACUCCUCCGGUGGAUGGACGCACCCGAGGUCCGCAUUGCCGCCGAGAAAUACGAGGCCUUCAUCACCCGGCUUGGCAACUUUGACGCAGACGCCUUCUCGGAGAGCAUGUACCGGCGCAUCCGCGACGUCGAGCACGUGGCCCGCAAGUGGCAGCGCGAGGCUCGCAGCUACCGCGAGAAGGCGCACUCGCUGCAGAAGGAGGCGCACGACAAGAUCGCCUUCCGGCACUUCAAGGAAGGCGACCUGGCGCUCUUCCUGCCGACGCGCAACCAGACCAACGGCGCGUGGGCCGCCUUCAACAUCGGGUUCCCCCACUACUUCCUGCGGGAGCAGGAGGGCCACCGCCUCCGUAACAGGGAGUGGCUUGUGGCCCGCAUCUCCAAGAUCCAGGAGAAGGUCGUGGACCUCUCGCGCAGCCUUCAGGGGAGGAGCGGUGGCGGCGAGACGGAGUCGGUCAACGACGAGGACAACGACAACCCGUUUGACUUGUCGGACGGCCUGCGGUGGUACAUGAUCGACGCGGUCGAGGACAAGCCGGGCGCGCCGACGACGCCCGGGAUGGCCAAGACGACGGUGCAGGCCAACACGGUCGAGGCCAUGGGCGACAUGCACUCGCACGCACGGUCCGGGUCGACGGGCAAGGUGGGGCUGGGGCUCAUCUCGGCGCGCGGGCACCACCACCACGCGGGCGGCAUCGACGGCGUGAGUAAGACCCUGUCCAAGAGCCUCGAGAGCCGCCGGUCCAGCUCGAGCUCCAAGAGGGCCCUGCCGUUUGCCGGUGCCGGUGCCGGUGCGAGGGCGGGCAAUGCGCAUGCCGUGGAGACGGAUAGCCUCCGGGCCGUGGCGGCGGAUACGCCUGUUGCUACGAGCCCGACUGCGGGACCGCAUCAUCCACCGCCGCCACAGUCGCAGCAGCAGCAGCUGGUGGUGGCUGAGUCUCCGGCGACGCCGGACGCGGCUAAGAAGACGGCUGUCGGUGGCGGGCCCGCGACGCCGGAGGAGCGCGGGGGUAAUACCGAGGUACGCUCCGACAAUGUCAUCGAUUCUCUUCUUGGGCCUUGA